AUGGUAGUACGGGCAUUGCAGCAGGUUUCCGUCGGCCGGAACGGCGUCGGUGCCUUCAUUCUGCAGUGCAAGCGGAUGGACUUCCACUACUGCGACUGGGCCGGUAGUUCCAGGGGAAUGAACGGCUUCAUCAAGUCCCUGCUCCCCAAGUUUGCCGCCGAGCACCCUCAAAUCGAGAUCACUGUCUCACCCCGGCCGUCGAGGCAUCCUGUCAUUAUUGCCCACUACAUCAACGGCAAGGAGAGGUCAAUCUGCGUGCGGAAUAUGGAGCCCUAUCAGAUCCUCAAGAAGGUUGAGCUGCUCCGUGACGCUAGCGGCGAGAAGAACAAGCGUGUUACCAAGCCGGUGCAGAGCAUCAACGAAUCUGUCCGUGGUGUCUGGUCUCCUUACCACGGUACUGGCAUGAAGGUGUAA